AUGGCUUUUCAAGGCAUCUUGGCGAGCCUGACUCGUCAAGAGCAACCUCAGCGUCAAGGCCCGCUGACGGACCUCAAUCGCUGGUCCCUUGAGGUGGAUCAAGGGCGGCAGGUAAGCAUCCUUCAAAAGGCGUCUUCACGUAACAUCGGAUCGCUCGUUUGUCAACUUUGUGCACAUGCCUCACACUUUGCUUGGAUAUCCAUUUUUCCAGAUCUGCCUGCUGCAUCAACGCCUGCCGAUGCGCUGUCCAAUGGUAUCAAUUUUUUUGGUAAUCUUCAGACGGCUGACGGUCACUGGGCGGGUGACUAUGGAGGACCCAUGUUUUUACUGCCCGGCUUUGCUAUCGUCAUGUACGUGACCAAGCAAGUGGUGUCUGAGCCCUUGCGGCUGGAGAUCAUUCGUUACCUCACAAAUCUGCAAACCGAUGAUGGAGGCUGGGGCAUUCACAUUGAGUCGACUUCGACUGUCUUUGGCACCACUCUCAAUUACAUUACGAUGCGUAUUUUGGGCAUUCCGGCCGACGAUGAACGAAUGGAGCGUGCACGAGCCUGGCUUGCUGCUCGAGGAGGCUGCUUAGCCAUCCCCUCUUGGGGCAAGUUUUGGCUAGCUGUCUUGAACAUAUAUUCUUGGGACGGUUGCAACUCCCUUUUCCCUGAGAUGGUGCUCUUGCCAAACUGGUUUCCGCUACACACUCGACGAAUGUGGUGCUAUUGCCGCACCGUGUACAUGCCCAUGAGCUGGGUUUAUGGCAUGAAGUUUCAAGCUCCGGUUGAUGCAUUGAUUCAAAAUCUUCGAGACGAGCUUUUACCACAACGCUUUGACGAGAUUGAUUGGGCGUGCCAACGCAACAAGGUCGCGGAAGAAGAUUUGUAUACACCACACUCUUGGGCGUUGCGCUUCUUUUAUGGCGCUUGCAACAUUUAUGAGCGCAUGGCGCCUCGCUGGUUUCGCACGCGUGCACUGAAUUGGGUGUACGAGGUCCUCCAAUCGGAAGACGAGUUUACUCACUACAUUUGCAUCGGCCCGGUGAACAAGAUGAUUAACAUGCUAUGUUGCUGGAUUCAAGAAGGUCCGCGUGCCUCCCGUUUUAAAAAACAUUGCGAGCGCGUAAAUGACUACAUCUGGAUCGGGCGAGAUGGGGCUAAGAUGAACGGCACAAACGGAUCACAGCUAUGGGAUACAGCUUUUCUGGUUCAAGGUCUCAUUGAAACUCCAAUGCGCGAGGAGUUCAAAGUCGUUUUUGAUCGGGCCAACAAGUUUUUGGACCUCUCACAAAUUCGUCAUAACCACCCAAAUUACGAAAAGUACUACCGCGACGCAACGCAGGGUGGUUGGCCCUUUAGCACGCGUGACAUGGGCUGGAUCGUUGCUGACUGCACGGGCGAAGGCCUGAAGGCUGCAUUGAUCUGCAAGCAUUUUAACUUGACAGACAGUCCACUCAGCGAUGCACGCCUUUAUGAUGCCGUGGAUUUGCUUUUGGGAAUGCAAAACCCAACCGGAGGCUAUGCAACUUGCGAGAAGACUCGUGGUUCAACUUUGUUUGAGUGGUUCAAUGCAUCCGAGGUGUUUGGUGAGAUCAUGAUUGACUACGACUAUGUUGAGUGCACAUCGUCAUCUAUUCAAGCCCUCGUCAAGUUUCAGUUGUACUAUCCAAAUUACCGUGCUCAAGAGGUUUCACGCGCUAUUCAAGCGGGAGCAAGAUUCAUAACAAGCAUUCAGCGAUCAGAUGGAUCUUGGGAGGGCAUGUGGGGAAUUUGCUUUACCUAUGGAACUUGGUUCGCAAUUGAUGGACUCGUCGAAGUUGGCUUUACAUACCAAGAUGAAUCCAUUCGCCGAGCGUGUGACUUCUUGGUCAAGCACCAACAUGAUGAUGGAGGAUGGGGGGAAACCUUUUUGUCGUGCACCACUCGCUCGUACAACGAUCAUCCACACAGUCAAGUUGUGAACACAGCAUGGGCGCUCCUUGCUCUCAUGAAAGCUGAUUAUCCAAACCAAGCCGUUGUGGAGAGGGGCAUUCAAUUUUUGAUGAAGCGACAACUUGCCAAUGGAGACUGGCCUCAAGAAUCGAUUUGCGGAGUCUUCAACAAGAAUUGCAUGAUCAGCUACAGUAACUUCAAGAACAUCUUUCCCAUUUGGGCGUUGUCUAGAUAUCAUGCUCAACACCUGGACCACUAGCACUGGCGGGUGAGCCGGCAUCCAUGGCCAUGGAUCGACGACUGUCAACGGCCAUAAGACCCCAAGGAUCAUACUCCAUCCAAUCCAUGCUGCUAUCCUG